UUGUUUUGAAUAGGUGGUCUCUAUUUAUAUUUUUCAGUUUUGAAAAUUAAUGUUUUGUGAAACAAAAUAGAUUUAUUUAGUGAGACAGAAUGGAGAAUUCAUUCUUUGAAUAUCGUGACAGAACGACAGCUGAUAGCGACUCUGAUACAGAAUUUAUUGACGAUAGUAUAGCAGAAGACACUUCUGCAAAGAAAAAAAAUCACACAGUUUUUGUUGCUGAAUCAGAAGAAUCCACUACCGAUGAUGAAAGUGGUUCUGAAGAGGAAGAAUCACCAAAACCUAAAUCAGCAACCAAAUCAGUUGUGAAACGGAGCAGUGUUGCUGACAGCCAUGUUAUAUCUAGCAGUGAGGAUGAAGCCAGCAAAAGGGGCAGCAUUCGGAGACAAUCGGAGUCACCCAACAAAGUAGUAUUAAGCUCUUCAGAUGAAGAAGAACAAGUAUCCCCAGAAAUAAUCCCAAAACGACGACCGCCAAUGAGGAAGGAAUCUAAAGAAAGCAUCGGACCCGGCAUUGGACGGAAAACCAAAAAACGUAUAAUGCAGAUUGACUCAGAUACUGAAGACUCUAUAAUCAUUGAACAUGACAAGCAUAAGAAACUAUUAUGUAUGAAGGAUACUCCACUGAAAAUCGUUACCGCAAAAGAACAAAACACAGGAGAAAAUUCAGCAGAAUCUUCUAAAACAAGUAAUAAAAAUGUGAUGAGGUUUUCAGACAGUGAUGAUGAUCAAAAUGAUGAAAGUAAUGAUGCUGAUAAGACUACCCCAUUGCAGUAUGAUGGGAGUGACAGUGGUGGAGAAAGUGAUGCUAAUAGCACAGAUGAUGAAGGUCCUGAUGAGGACCAGAUGGUGAUGUCCAGGGCUACUCGCAUGAGUAUCAUGGGUAUCAUACCGAAAGACAAUGAAAGUGAUGAUUCAGAUUAUAUACAAUCUGAUGAUAGCCCUCGAAACUCAAACCAGGGCUCCACAGUGAGCUUAACAGACCUGCCAGAGACCAGCGAGCCAGGAACACCUGUGAAGCCGCAGGAAGACGCUGACUCCUCAAAACUAACCUGCUCCCCCUUCUCAAGUCCCCUCCAUGACAUCACUAACAACUCGCGAAAUAACGAGUCAAUUAGUGCAAGAAAAUCCUUAGAAAAUAAGGACGAAUGUGUAAUAGUAACUGAUACAGGGAAUAAUAAGCCUAUUACCCUAAAGGAUAAAGUGCUAAAUAAGUUGAUAGCGAAUAGAGCGAAGGAGAAUUUCAUACAGUAUGACGAUGACGUCACGAUUAUAGACAAUAAGCCAGAGAUUAUAGCGCUCAGCAGUGAUGAUGACGAUGAUGUUGGAGAAGUCAAGAAGUCUCCAAACCCGAGAAAGUCGCCCAAGCCUAAGGUCCCUAAGGAUGAGCCUCAGACAGUGUCCAAUUCCAUCAAGCAGUACCUCGCUCCCCCGAGCUACCCCAACCAAGAAGUGGUGUACGUCAAGAAACAUGUCCGAGAGAACGAGUUGAUGAAACUCGAAACGUUGAAGGCUGACCUGAAGAAUAUUAGAUACCUCCUCGAGGAGAUGGAUGUAGACUCGCUGCCGGACGGCGGGCGCAUGCUCAUCACGCGCCUCUCCAACCUGGAGGAGCAGGUCCGCCACCAGGGGGACAAGGUCGCCAACAUGGUCGUCGAGCCAGAUAAUCCAACAGCGGCGGACAUUGCGAGAGACGGUUUCGACGCUAAAGACAAGAAGGGUCUGACUUGGGACGAGAUUCAGAAAGCCAGUAAUGCUGUCCAGCCACGCAUGUUCGGGAAACAGGCCAUGGCGACCCACAUGGCCGAGCGCAACCUGAUCCUGGACCGGCUGCGCGACCUGUACGAGUCGCUGGCGUCGCGGCCGGCGGACAGCUCGCAGGCGCGGGCGCCGCGCGGCCUGGCCAGCUCCCUCAUGCCGCACCAGCUGCACGCGCUGGCCUGGCUGCGCUGGCGGGAGACGCAGCGCCCGCGGGCAGGGAUACUCGCUGAUGACAUGGGUCUGGGCAAGACCAUUACGAUGAUAGCUCUGAUCGUGAGCGACAAGGAGGACCGCAUCGAUGAUGACGAUGAAGAUUCCGAUGAUGAUUACCCAGCGAAGGGCAAGCUGCUGCGCGGCGGCACGCUGGUGGUGUGCCCCGCGUCGCUGAUGCAGCAGUGGGCGGGCGAGGUGGCCAAGCACUGCCGGCCGCACGCGCUGGCCGUGGAGCUGCACCAUGGCGCCGCGCGCGCCGCGCAGCCCGCCCGCCUCGCGCAGCACGACCUCGUGCUCACCACAUACAACAUCAUGCAGAGGGAUAAUGAGAAGAACGGCGUGCUGAUGCGCGUGCGCUGGCGGCGCGUGAUCCUGGACGAGGCGCACAUCGUCCGCAACCACAAGUCGGCGACGUGCGCGGCCGUGUCGGCGCUGCGGGCCGCGCGCCGCUGGUGCCUCACGGGCACGCCCGUGCAGAACAAGGACCUGGACCUGUUCGCGCUGCUCAAGUUCCUCAAGUGCUCGCCCUUUGAUGAUCUCACUAUGUGGAAGAAAUGGAUCGACAACAAGUCCCUAGGCGGUCAGGAGCGCCUGAACACGAUCAUGCAGUGCCUGCUGCUGCGGCGCACGAAGGUGCAGCUGCAGCAGCGCGGCCAGCUCGCGUGUCUGCCGCAGAGGACCGCGCACCAGCGGGAGGUCACGCUGUCGCAGGCCGAGAUGAAUGUCUACCAGAAGGUGCUAGUAUUCUCCAAGACACUGUUCGCACAGUUUCUCCACCAGCGCGCGGAGAAGAACGCAGAUGCAAACUUUACCGCGCCCGCCAAGGACAGCGCUUACGCCAAGAUGCAUAAGAAGAUGAUCGCUUUACAAGGAGCAAAGCCAGUGAAGUCCCACGAGAUCCUGGUCCUGCUGCUGCGGCUGCGGCAGGUGUGCUGCCACUGCGGCCUCAUCGCGGCCAUGCUGGACGAGGACGCCGCGCCCGACACGCAGGACGACCCCGCCGGGCAGGACCUGCUGGCCGAGCUCAACAAGCUGUCCAUAGAGGACGGCAACAAGAGCAAGAGGAAGAGCAGGAUGUCUGACGCGGACGAGGAUGACGAGGGUCCCGCUCAGGAGGGCACCACAGCGGCCGAGGCCAUCCGCUCCGUCCUGUCGCCCAACAACCCCGUGUUCCAGCUCACCAGGAUGUCCUCCAAGAUCAAAGCCGUCAUGGACUGUCUGCACAACGAGGUGUUCUCAAAGAAAGGCGACAAGGCAGUGGUAGUAUCUCAGUGGACGUCAGUCCUGCGCCUGGUGGAGAGCGAGCUGCAGGCGGCGCGCGUGCGCAGCGUGACGCUGAGCGGGAGCGUGCCCGUGCCCGCGCGACCGCCGCUCAUCAACGCGCUCAAUGAUCCCAACUCCGAUGUCAAGGUGAUGCUGCUGUCUCUAUGCGCGGGCGGCGUGGGGCUGAACCUGUGCGGCGCCAACCACCUGCUGCUGCUGGACCCGCACUGGAACCCGCAGCUGGAGGAGCAGGCGCAGGACCGCAUCUACCGCGUGGGGCAGAAGAAGGACGUCAAUAUAUACAGAUUCAUGUGCGUGGACACAGUGGAGCAAUCCAUCAGAAAGCUUCAGGAAGCCAAGCUGGAGCUAGCUGAGAACGUCCUAACCGGAGCCAAGAACACCAACAACUCCAAGCUUACCAUCGAAGAUCUCAGGGUGCUGUUCAAUAUGGGAUCGUAGGCCACGAAGGAGAAUUGUCUAAGAAGUUUGUAUAAUGACCUCUUAUGGUACUAGAAAGAUAUAAAGAAAGUCAGUUUUAACUCUCAAAAGAAAAUUGUGAUCAUAUGAACUCUGGCCGUUAUGGAGAGAGGUGCUGCUACGUGCAGUGUAUUGCGCCAUAUUGCUCCCACAAGCUCAUGGUCUAUGUAUCACUUGUUAUGUAAAGACAGAUACUAUAGAAAAACUUGAACCAGUUUCAAUGACUCGUGAAAUAUAAUAUUCUCCUUUAAAUAACAUACAUUCCAGAUCAUUUUAGGACAUGUAAAUAAUGGUCCAUUGUCAGAACACUAAGAUUUUAAUUGUUAAAUUAAGCAAGAAGUUAAACAAAAUAGUCAGAUCCAAACAAAAACGAAUGCCUAAUUAGUUUUGUGCCCGUGGGGAUUCGUUAUAGACCUUCAGUUAGAUAUCAAAGUCAUAAUUAAGGUUUUAAUACUCGACAAAUGCAAUAAAGACUGAACAUUGUAGUUUUUUAAUAAUAAAAAAAAACGACUCCCUCUCUGUGGAAAUUCAUUGUAAUUGCGCGGGGGUUUCAUAGAUUCAAGACAUAUGCGCUAAGACACGGAACUUUAACCCUUUGAACUAAAUAAUAUAAGUAAAUCUUAAAAAUGACUAGGAUCCUGGCAAAAGUAUUUGUGUGCUAAAUAUGUUUAAAAUUAAUCCGAUCAGUUUAUAUGACAAUUCUCAGUUUAGAAAUAUAUAUUCGCCAUAUUGAUAUUACUUCACUUCUAUGGUUUUACAAUUUAAAUAUUUUGGUGGACAAAAUAAACUAU